ACGCACACAAGCAGAGAUGCUUUUAAAGCACAAACACAUUGUCAAAAGUGGCUUUUUCGUUCUAAUUUGACCUGUAAUUCCUCCCCGGAGCUCUACCAGUGUCACCUCUGUGUAGUCAGGUCAGUAUCCUCGAUUAAAUCCUCUCAGGUGUAACUACGGAGUGCGUGUAGGCUCCUCCCCAACCAGCUCUGACCGGACUGUCAGAAGAACAGGAAGAAUCUUCUACCGCUAUAGACAUAGCUUUCCCUGCUGUCACCUAGGGGUUAAAAAAAAGUUAACUUCAACUUGCAAGAAACAUGGAAACUAAUUUGGCACACUCCGUUAGGCAUGGUCAUCCGUGAGACCAAGUCGUCACCCGUGUUGUUGUCGACGAAAGCAACUCUGGAAGUGGGGACAGCGGAGUUUUUUUUCCUUCUCCGGACUUACCUACUGUAGCCUGACAAGCUAACAAGCUAAUGCUAACGUUAGCACAGUUAGUACUGUUUACUUUUAGGACUUAUAAUUCGCGCGGAUAAAGCUCCGGUGUCUGUUUGUCGUGGCUACUAAUAGGCUUCAUUCCAGUUUGUAAUUGUUAUAAGCAACAGGUUGCUUUGGUGCUUUUCUCUGCGAGGACCUGAGGCUGUGCUUUGAAUUUCCCUCCUUCACUUCUAACAGACAGGAGGCUUAGCAAGGGGUUCGCUGCUUGUUGGCUGUCGACCAAAUCAUUAGCAACACGGUGCUAAUUGCGGCUAGUUAGCCACAGCACUAGCACAGGCCCACGGGAAUAAACUGUUGUUUCCUUCGUAAGCUGAGAAAUAUCAUUUAAGUGGAGAAGCGUUGUUUUAAGGUUUAAGUGCGAGGGCUUUGCCGCCAUUCAUGAUUGUUUUGACACCCUACUAAAGGAAACGGAUUAGUUUGUAACUAUGGAUCCCCCCGUGGGAAAUUCUGCCUCAGCUGCUGGUCCGAAGAAGGACAAGAAAGCGAAGAAGAACUAUGAGGAUGGAGAAGGGAAAAAGAAAUUUAAACUCAAGCGGCUGAUUCCUGACGAGCUUGAGCGUUUUACCAGUAUGAGGAUGAAAAAGGACAAAGAGAAGCCUGGCCAUAUGCAAGGACAGCGCCACUCCUCAGCUGCCAGCUAUGAGAUCAGUGCUCAGAGUGCGAUGCUGCACGAUCACUCUGAUGAAUACGUCCUGGAACUCUUCGAACAGAUGUUGGUGGAUAUGAAUCUGAAUGAGGAGAAGCAGCAGCCUCUGAGAGAAAAGGACAUCAUGAUCAAACGAGAGAUGGUCUCUCAGUACCUCCACACGUCUAAAGCUGGCCAAGACCAGAAGGAGAGCUCCAAAUCAGCCAUGAUGUACAUCCAGGAGUUGAAGUCAGACUACAGAGACACACAGCUGCUCAGCUGUCUGGAAUCUUUGAGAGUCUCUCUCAACAACAACCCUGUCAGUUGGGUACAGAACUUUGGAGAUGAGGGGCUGGCCCUGCUGCUCAAUCUACUUAGAAGACUCCAGGAGGACAAAGACGAGUACUCAAAUAUGGGAGUAAAAUGUCAACAUGAGAUCAUACGCUGUCUUAAAGCCUUUAUGAACAACAAGUAUGGUCUGAAAUCCAUGCUGGAGUCCGCUGAGGGAAUUCCUCUGCUGGUCAGAGCCAUUAACCCUCGGGUGCCCCAUAUGAUGGUGGAUGCUGUCAAGCUGCUCUCUGCUAUCUCAAUCCUGGAACAUCCUGAGAACCUUCAUGAGCGUGUUUUGGAGGCUAUUACAGAAGAGGCAGAGAAGCAAGACACUGAGAGGUUUCAGCCUCUCCUUACUGGCAUGAAUAAUCACAGCAUUGCUCUUAAGGGUGGCUGCAUGCAGCUGAUCAAUGCCCUUAUCAGCCGGGGAGAAGAGUUGGAUUUCAGGAUCCAUAUUCGCUCUGAAUUACUAAGACUGGGACUCAGAGAGCGGCUGAAGGAGGUGCGGAUGAUAGAAAACGAAGAGCUGAGGGUGCAACUCACAGUGUUUGAUGAGCAGGCUGAAGAUGACUCGGAGGACCUCAAAGCACGUCUUGAUGACAUCCGAAUUGAGAUGGAUGAUGUGAGGGAAGUGUUUGAGAUCCUUGUCAACACCGUGAAGGACUCCAAGGCAGAGAGCCACUUCCUGUCUCUGAUGCAGCACCUGCUCCUGAUCCGCAAUGAUUAUUUGGCAAGGCCACAGUACUACAAACUGAUGGACGAGUGUAUCGCUCAGAUUGUGCUUCACAGGAAUGGAGCAGACCCUGACUUCAAGUGCCGCAACCUCAACCUCAACAUUGAAAACUUGAUAGACAACAUGGUGGACCAGACCAAGGUGGAAGCAAGCGAGGCAAAGGCAAAUGAGCUGGAAAAGAAGCUGGAUUCAGAGCUGACAGCGCGCCACGAGCUGCAGGUGGAGAUGAAGAAACUGGAGGGCGACUAUGAGCACAAGCUGAAGGACUUGAGCCAAGAGAAGGAACAGCUGGCAACUUCUAAGCUGGAACGAGAAAAGGAGAACCAGGGACUACAACAACAACUAAGCACUCUGCAACAGCAGAUUGAAAAGCUUUCUAAAGAUCUUGAAGAGGCCAAGACUAAAGUUGUUACAGUUACUGUCCCUGUGCCAACACCUGGUUUGCCCCCUCCACCCCCAGCCCCUCCUCUUCCUGGCCAGAAUGGUGGUAUGCCUCCUCCCCCUCCCCCUCCACCCCCUCCACCUCCCCUUCCAGGCCAUGCAGGCAUACCUGUCCCUCCACCUCCUCCUCCUUUACCGGGUCAUGCCAAUAUUCCUCCACCUCCUCCAGCUCCGCCUUUACCAGGACCUCCACCUGCCCCACCCCUCCCUGGCAUGCCAAUACCACCCCCUCCUCCACCCUUCCCAGGGAUGGGACCUCCACCACCACCCCCUCCACCUGGGGCUCCAGGAAUUCCUCCUCCUCCUCCAGGCCCAGGCAUGCCUCCACCUCCACCAUUUGGCAUGGGAGGCUGGGGUGCCCCUGCCCCACCUCCACUGCCUUUUGGGCUCAAGCCUAAGAAGGAGUACAAGCCGGAGGUCCAACUGAAGAGGGCCAACUGGAGAAAGAUCAGCCCCGAGGACCUCUCUGAGAACAGUUUCUGGACCAGUGUAAAAGAGGACAGAUUUGAAAACAAUGAGCUCUUUGCCAAACUCACAUUGGCCUUCUCCUCACAGACAAAGACCUCUAAAGCCAAAAAAGACCAGGAUGGUGGUGAUGAUAAGAAGCAGCAGCAGAAGAAGAAGGUGAAGGAGCUAAAGGUCCUUGAUGGCAAAAGUUCACAGAACCUUUCCAUUUUCUUGGGAUCGUUUCGUCUCCCCUAUGAGGAGAUCAAAAACGCUGUCCUGGAGGUUAAUGAGAAGAUCCUCACAGAGUCCAUGGUUCAGAACCUGGUCAAACAGCUGCCAGCACCAGAGCAGCUGAGUGUCCUUGGAGAGAUGAAAGACGAAUAUGACGAUUUGGCAGAGUCUGAGCAGUUUGGAGUAGUGAUGUCCAGCGUGAAGAAGCUGAUGCCACGGCUUCAAGCCAUCUUGUUCAAGCUGCAGUUUGAGGAACAGCUGAACAACAUAAAGCCAGAUGUGGUGUCUGUGACAGCAGCCUGUGAGGAGCUCAGAAAGAGCCAGACCUUUUCCAAGCUGCUAGAGAUCAUCCUGCUUGUCGGGAACUAUAUGAAUUCUGGCUCCCGCAAUGGAAAGGCAUUCGGCUUCUCCAUAUCAUACUUAUGCAAGCUGCGUGACACCAAAUCAGCUGAUCUGAAGCAGACACUGCUCCAUUUCCUUGCUGAUGUGUGCCAGGAGCAGUAUCCUGAGGUCAUGAGCUUCAUGGAUGAGCUCAUCCAUGUGGAAAAAGCCAGUAGAGUUUCUGCAGAGACAAUUCAGAAGAACCUGGAGCUCAUGGGCCGUCAGAUCAAGAACCUGGAAAAAGAUCUGGAAACCUUCCCUCCUCCACAAAAUGACAAGGACUUGUUUGUGGAAAAGAUGUCCAGUUUUAUUGGUACUGCCCAGGAACAGUAUGAGAAGCUCGAUCUGCUGCAUAAGAAUAUGGAAAAGCAAUUCAACGACCUGGGAGACUACUUUGUAUUUGACCCGAAAAAAAUGUCUGUGGAGGAGUUCUUUGGUGACCUUAACACUUUUAAAAACAUGUUCCAGCAAGCAGUGAAGGAGAAUCAGAAGAGGAAAGAGGCUGAGGAGAAGAUCAAGAAGGCCAAGCUUGCCAGGGAAAAGGCAGAGAAGGAGAAGGAGGAGAAACUCAAGAAGAACCAGCUCCUUGACAUCAAUGCAGAAGGUGAUGAGACUGGUAUCAUGGAUGGCCUGUUGGAGGCACUGCAGUCUGGAGCUGCUUUCAGGAGGAAGAGAGGACCUCGGCAAGCAGCCAAUCACAGACGAGCCGGUCAUGCAGUGACCAACAUCCUGGCCAAAGAGCUGAUGCAGGAAGAUGCGCCUUCUUCCAACAAAGUGCCCAUUAAGAAGAAGAAGGAGGAAGGGGAGGAGCUUAAACUAGAAGGGGCAGAUUCAUUAGAAGAGCUACUGGAGGCUGCUCCCACUCGGGCUAAUUAAGAAACCCAAUUUAGGAGGAACUUUUUUUUUUUUUUUUUUUUAGAUAUCUCAACUCAGAUGUGUUCUGUAGCCAUUCCAGCUGCCAAUAUCAGUCUUUCCUGCAGAAAGAAUGUUUCCUUGACACUCGUAGUCUAGCAGUGAUGGUGUCUUCUGGGAUGACAGGAUGAAGGCAGAGUUCUCAUUUCAGCCUUUACCUGCUCGUCAUUCAUCAGUCUUGCAAUGUUUGCCAACUUCAAAAAGAUUUGAUCGUUUUGUUUCCACUAUGUGCACAUAUCUGUUUCUCUAUUGUCUGUUCUCUUUGUAAAUGCACUUCACUUUUGUCGCCUGUCAUUCAUAAAGGGCAUCUUCAGUGAUUCCAAAGACUUACUCAGGAGGGAUCCACACCUGUUUGCAGUCAUUUCCCUCAUGUGGACUUGUGGUGUCUAAAAUUCGGCACAUCCUGCAGGUGCUUCAGAAUUUUCUCCGGAUGUUCCAGCCAAGCCUACUUUAUGCUUUUUUUUUUUUUUUUUUUUUCUUUUUUUUUUUUUUUUUUUUUACAUCUUAACCAUGUUGCUUUGUAAUUUCCUGAUAUACUGUAUGCGUCUCUGUAUUAUCAAAAAAGUGCCAACUGUAAGAAGUCGAGUCAUGUCAUUUCACACACAGGUUUGUCCACUCAUGGUUGCACUGGGGUGGUGUGUGGGUCAGUCUUCACCUGGUGUUUUUAUUUGUUUUUAAAUUGAGAAGGGAUUGUUUUCACUGGUGUGCAUACUUUUGUUUGAUAUCAUAAAAACAGGGACAUUUUACAUAAACCUGUCUAAGCUAUGUUACCACAUGUGCCCAAGUUAUAUGAAGAUGGCCUGCAAACACAUGAACAUCCUCUUAAACAAGAGGGCGUAAGAUAGAGGGAGGAGAAUCUUCCACAGUUGAACACAUCAAUUAAACCAAAAAGAAAACAGCUUCUUAAAGGGUGUUUCCACACAAAACCUCUCUGGAGCAGUUUACAUGCCUGUGUUUAUGUGCAUGAGAAUAUCUGAGUGUGUGAAGUAAGCCGUCUAUAUUUAGUUUUGUGUGCGCUUGACUUCCUGCAUGUAUGUGUUUGUGCAUAAAAGUCUGCGUGUUGUGUGUUGCCAUCUGUAAUUACUGUACCGUAACAACCAUGCUGUCAUAAAUGCUAGGUUUCAUAAACGGCUCUGUGGUCUUUCUGCUGAGGAUAAAGCGCACUGGAAAACUGCCCAAAAACUGCUGAGACAAGUACUUAUGUGUUCAAUUGUGUGUGUUUUUGUGUGUUUCGUUCACCCACUUUUCCUCCCACUGAGCUGCAGCAGUAGUUGCUGAAUGUCUGGCCUUGCUCCUAUUUGUAUUCAGAAGCCAUCAGCAGACAUGUUGCCAUGAUGUUGUGGUGUAAUGUCUGACAGGAAUCGUGCGAGAUGAUGUCAGCUGCUCCAUGCAAUAAUUAUCCCUAUGCAAACAUGAAACUGUAGCCAGCCUUAAGAUGUCAAACUCAUCCAGCUUUGGGAUCAUUCUAGGUUAUUUUGUCUUGAUGCUCGUAAUCAUGAUUAUCAAAAUAUAACUCAAAUUUUCACAUUUCAAGAAUCACCCACUUUUCUCAGUUCUCUAUAAAAUGUGUCUUCAGACAUGGAGGAACUGUUCCUAAAACAUAAAUAAUAGUAAUGAGGUUCCUAAAGUACAGCAGGUGUCUAAAUCCUUUGUUGGAGCUCCAUCUGAAUCCAGUUGUACUGUCUACUAUAAGUAGACAGACACCUGCUGUGUGAUAUCUGCUUUGCUCUUCAGGUGAUUACAUGAACCAGAUGCUUAAACAUGGCUGUUAUUCAACUUUAAUAAGAGAAAUAUUUAAGAAUGAAAAAGGAUAUAAGAAUAUCACUGGAAUAUUUGUCUUUGUUCUCAUUUGAGUCAUUCCUUUUUCAUAAUUUUUGAAGAGAUUGCUUUCUGUUUGAAUUUUUACAGCUGAUAAUUUUAAUGUAUUUGAAAGGAGACAAGACUUUUUUUCAGAGAUUGCUCUAUAUAUUCUUAAAAUGCACAUAGUCAUUGUGUUUGCCAUA